AAUGAAUGAAUUGAUGAGUAAGUAGUUCCAAUGUGAAUAAAACACAACACACGUUUCAAUAUUCCUGCAUUUAUUAUAUGUCGAGUUUAGCCUAUGAGUGGCCACGCGGAACAGAUUCAUUCAGAUUUUCUUUCAAUAUCUUUUCUUUUUAUUUUAUUUUAUUUUUCUUCCCUAAUUAAAUCAUAAAAAUAAACUUUUCGCCCAAAAAAAAAAAACCACUCUCACCAAAUACCCCUGUUUUUGUCCGUUCACCUCCCCUUAACCUAGCCCACAGCAACCAAAAAAAAAAAAAAAAACCAAACAUCCCACAAAAACACAAAACAAAAAAAACUUGGCACCAAAAGCAUUCGCACCAAGUUGUUAAUGUAUGUGUGUGGGUGGAGCCGCUGGUAUUAGUAUUUCUCUCUCACCGGCUACACUCUUCCCUCCUUACCCCCAUAUCACUGUACAUACAUACAUACAUUCAUUCAUAUACAUUCCCACAUCUUCAUAUUAAACAAAAUCUUAUUAAAUAAUUUCAAUUAUCAUAUCAAAAAUUAAAUCAAUAAAAUUAUAAUCAUAAUUUUCUUCUGGAAUAUACCCACUACUACAACAACAAUAUCAAUCUCAAUUUCACAUAUUUCACCAACCUAAUUUCCGAUCUCACAAACCACACCGUAGAUCUAAACCUUUUCAUUUCUCAUUCCUCUUUCGAUCUAAACGUCACCGUUUUAUCUUUAGAUCUCGCGUUGUAAUAUCACAACAAAAGAAUCUUCUAGUUCUUUUAUUUUUUGCGUUUUCUUAGCGUUUGUUAGCGUUUUUAUUUUCUGAAAAGGAAAAAAAAAAUAUAAUAAAUCCUCUUCUUCAAUCUUCAUCGCUAAAUCGGAGUCUCCGAUUCAUCGAAUUUGGGAACAAUUUCCGAUGGAUUUGGACGAUUUCCGAUCGAUUUUAGAUACGGCUGGCGUUGACGUAUGGAUGUUUAUCGACACGGCGAUUUCCGUCGCUUCUCAUGAUAACGCCGGCGAGUUGAAGCGUCGAAGAGACGGAAUCGUUGAGCGACUUUACGCUGCAACGACUGCUGCUCCGGUUUGUCUGAAUUGCGACGGCGGAAACCGUCUCGUGAGUGAUGGAAAUCAUGUUAAGAAAGAGAAUAGUCCUAGCUUAAGCCCUGAACGUCAACAGCGUCGCGGCGGUGGUUCUCCGGCAACGCCGCAGUCUCAGGGAAACGAGGAUGGUGAAGAUGAGGAGAUAGAUCCUUAUGGUGGUUUGUUUGAAGAUGAACAGAAGAAGAUUCUAGAGAUUAAGGAGCUUCUAGAAGAUCCUCGCCAGUCUGAUGAAUCUUUGAUGGAGUUGCUGCAAAAUCUGGUGGAUAUUGAUAUUACAUUCCAAGAGUUGAAGGAAACUGACAUCGGGAGGAACGUGAAUCAGUUGCGAAAACAUCCAUCGAGCGAUGUUCGCCGAUUGGUGAAGCUACUUGUCAAGAAGUGGAAAGAGAUUGUGGAUGAAUGGGUGAAGCAUAAUCCACAGGGAGGGAAAAACACUCUGAUGGCUGAUGGAGAUUCACCUCUGCAGAAAACCACCCCAAAUGGGCAUAAUCAUCAGAUUCCUGAUUUUGCGUACUCUCCAAAUCCACACAAUGGAAGUUCUGGUUCUGACCGUAACAAUUCUGAAGUCGAACCAAAACCAAAACCUAAAACUGUUCCGCGCAAAGACCCACCUCCUAAAUUAAGGCCAUCACCUCCGGUUACCGCCCCUACUAAUGCUACUCAAAAUAGACAGAGAGAACAGAAAGAGAGCAAUUUUGACGCGGAGAGGCUUGCUACGGCAAGAAAACGGCUUCAAGCGAACUAUAAAGAAGCUGAAAAUGCCAAAAAGCAAAGAACAAUUCAGGUGAUGGACAUACAUGAGUUACCUAAGUCAAAAGCCAAGAAUGGUUACUUUCCAAAGAACAGAGGUGGUGGCAGUUCUCAGGGAAGACAGCACUGGUGAUACAAUGAUCCAUUGUUUUUGAGCAAUUUCAAGUGUAGAAAAAGCUUGUGGCCUUUGUGGGGGUUUGGGAUAAUAUAUAUUCUCAAACGUGUUCAUCCCUCUGGAUCACUAUAAACAUAAUUUUUCUUUUGGUUUUUAUUUACUUAAAUUAAUAAUCACUGAAGAAAAAAGUUCUCCUCAA